UCGGGAAGGUAAAUACAAAAUCACAUGAAAACGAAAGGAGAGAUGACACUGCAAACUUCGACAAAAGGAAUUUAGAAUGCUUGCAACAGAAGAAUGGGCUCUGCCUUACACGGCGACAUGGAGCGCGUUUACUAAUUUCACUGUUACGGCCUCGCAUCCGAAUCAAACAGUUCAUGACGGCGCUAAUGUAAUCACAACAACUGUUGGCGGCUGUUUGUCUAUGAUGGGAGUCAUUUUUAUCACUGUGUCAUACUUUAAACUGGUUGAAUAUCGAGCUGGUGGCACAACUGCCCAGACUAUACUGCUAUACAUAUCUUUUGCUGAUUUUUUAGCAGCUUCUUCAAACGUGACUAGUGUAUGGUUCCCACAAGAAGCACCACCAGGCUGCAAGGCCAGUGCUUUUGUCAUUAUUUUCGCCAGCACAUCAUCGUUCUUAUGGACAUCGUGUUUGGCACUACACUUGUACCUCAUCAUUAUGGAUAAAAACAAUAUCACUGCACGACGAUACAAAAUGCUGAUAUUUCAUUUAAUUAGUUGGAGUAUCCCACUUGUCCUUGCGAGCAUCGCCUUGGGCAGUGAUGCUCUUGGUCCUUCGCCGAUCUUCAGCAAAAGCGAAUCUAACGUAAAGUUGACCACAGGUGGAUGGUGCUGGAUAAGAGACUUUCACGAUAAGUCAAAGACAAUUGCUUGGACGAUGAUGACGUCAAAAGUCUGGGAACUGGCGUCGUAUUGCCUUAUCACAUUUCUUUGCUGUGCAAUACUGAUUCAGCUUAGACGUAAUAUUAGAACAGCAUGUUCUGUGAGUGACGAAACGCUAGUCGAGGCAAGGAAACUCGAGAAACGCAUGAUGUUCAUUCCAGUCGCGUUUAUCCUCCUCAGAAUAUGGGGUACAGUGAGGUACUUUGCGUACACUAGUAAAUUACCAAUCCGUGAAGAUAUUCUACACAACAGGGCACUGUAUGCAAUGCAGGGACUCGGGGAUAGCAGUCAAGGUUUUGCAAACAGUUUAUUCUUCUGUUUAUCCAACAAACGCGUGUAUGAAUAUUGGAAGUUUGUACUGUCCGAUAUCCUGCCUGACUUUUUGUGUUACACGGAUAGCUGGGAAUCAACCAACGAGAGAACUCCCAUUCUUUAUAAUCUAAACACCGAAGAAAAAAGAAAUGAAGAGCAAAAAAGCAACUCAAUAGUAUGAAGUGAACGAAUACAGCAUGGAUUUGUCGAAGCUACCCUCAAACUUCAAGCACAAGUCAUUUAGCGCCAGCAUUUUAUCGAAUUCUUCUUCUAACGUAGUUUUAAACUGUUUUUCACAAUUUACAUGGAUUUCGAAAGCAGUCUAAUCGAGCAUUAUAGGGAAAAUAUAUUACAUCGACUCAUUAACUGGUUAGAUUUUAUUCAUUUUAAUUUCAUAGCCAAUGGCAUAAAGGUAUUUUGAAUGAAGAAUUAGCAGUUUUGAUAUAUUUUGCUUUACUUUGGGUCCGCUACUAUUUUAUGAAAGUAAAACAAAGUCAUUGCAGCUGGUCAACAUUCGCAAGCGAUUGUUGAACUUUGCGGAUAAUAAACGAUUGUUUGUUGUUGAAUAUUGCAAAACCAUUGUUGAAAAUGUCAGACUAUAUCACCUGUUCUCAUACCUACCAAGUAUGACGUAGUAAUGAUGAUGCACCUUUAACGUCCAUUUACUUCAAAAAUAAUAAAUGCUUAUAACGAGUCUUCAUUCGACUAAAACACAUACACAUUUUUAGCUAAGCUCUAAGCACUACCAUUUUAAUUUGGAAAAAAAACUCUUCAUACUUUUAUUUCACGAAUAAAGAUUGCAAUUAUCCGAAAA